AUGGAAGACGAACAAGAUUCAGCUGCACAAAAAAAGUUAAGCUUUUCCAUCGAUAAUAUUCUUGACAAACCUCAACCGUUGUUUCUCAAAAUCAAACAUCAUCAAUCAUUGUCACCGACGAAUGAACAUCAUAUUGGCAGUAGUGAUUGUUCAGCAGUUUCAACAAGUGAUGAUGAAGACAGUUGUUCCGACGAUGGAAUUCUCAAUCAAUAUAAUCAUCAUGAAAUCAUACAUCGAAAGAAAAAGACACGUACGGUCUUUUCACGUACACAAAUUUUUCAAUUAGAAACAACAUUCGAUCGAAAACGUUAUCUCUCCAGUGCAGAUCGAGCCAAUCUCGCACAAGGCUUACAACUCACUGAGCAACAAGUUAAAAUUUGGUUCCAAAAUCGACGCAAUAAAUUGAAACGACAAAUAGUUGAAGCAAGUCAAUCCAUAAACUCCGUUGUUGCAUCUUUACAAGCUCCGACACCUUCUUCAUCCAAUCAUACCUUAUCCCUACCGAGUGAUUUUUCUUCUUCAUCUCCAACGAAACAAACUCGUCGUCAUUUUGAUCCCGCUUCAUUUUAUGAACUAGCUACUCUUGCUGCUGCACACGCUGCCGCUGCUUUUCACAACAAUCAUAAAAGUCAAACUAGUACAA